AUGUUUCGACGGCUCACCAGAUGGAACUACUGCGGACCCACCGUUCAAUGGAAUACGUCCUCCGAGGUCAAUUCUGAUGCCGAAUCCGAGGGAAUCGGUCAGCUUCUCUAUCCGGACGAGCCCCAGGAGAUGAGUGCUGCGGAGGAAACGAUUGAAGAAGAUUUGAAGCAAGGACAGAGGUCCGCCGAGAAGAUGUUGCGCAGGCAGCGGGAGGAGAUUAGACAGCUCAGGGCAGAAAUCGUGAAGAGAGACCAGUUGCUCGAUCAGAGGGCAUUGGACGGAGGAAAGCAGGAGUUCGAGCUAGAAUAUGCCCGGCGCUUGCUGUUGGAUGCGCAGAGCUCGGUGCGAAGGCUCAAGAAGACGAUAGUGCAGCUCAAACGAGAGAACAAUGCUCUCACUCAAGAAAAGGAAGCGGCCUUUGCGUUGCUACGAGCCCGAACAGACGAGCUCCGCGCCGCAGGGGCGUAUCACACCAAAGCCGAUAUCGCUUCCGACGCGGACGUGCUCCGCAUGGUGGAGCAACUCAAUGCAGAGAUCUUCUAUAUUUCCUCCCAAAUCGCAGACAUUUGCCGAUCAACGGAAUACCCUAUCGACAGCAACAUCGUAAUUGACGGAGCAGUUUAUGAGCUUAUCGGAGUAUCCCUCGUUGGCGCGCUCAAACAAUACGCGGGGCAGCCUGAGGCGCGUUGCUUGCUCGUACAAGUCGCACUGCAAACUUGCAUGACCCAGCACACGGAACAGCUCAUUCACGAUUGGGCUGUCAGCCCCGGGGUUGGAGUGGACAGCGAAGUCCUCCUUGAUGGCAUCUAUAAUAAAAUGUCACUCGCAGAAUCUCAGCCCGUCUCUGGAAGGUGGCAAUCCCUCACGAAGCGACACUUGAAAGCGUCCCUUUCCGAUGCCAUCGAUGCUGCCACGCGAAGACUUGCGCGGCUGGUCUCAGAUACCGUACGCAUCGUAGGAGCUUUGGAUAAUUCUAUAGAGACGAUCGACGGCAAAUAUGGCUCCACACUGCGCGGUAUCACCUCUCAGGCUCUCCCAAUCCAGAAGACUGUUGUAGAAGAAAUUACAUCAUCUGCUUUCGUACCAGGAGUGCCUCGCCUCGGUGGCAAAGUCGAUCUCGAGCAGAUGGAGGAUGAGUAUGCAGAGGACGGCAGCACGACCGAAGGGGAUGCACCAUGUGUUCUCUGCACGACGGCUCUCGGCCUUUGGCGUCUUGAGAGACACGCAGACGAUUCCGCAGCAGGAGGUCACCAGUUGAUUAAGGUCGUCCUCAAGCCCAAGGUCGUCUCAGACAGACUUCUGCAAGAACUUCGCGGACUUGCGAACCUGGACUAA